AUGACGGCUACCGAAGCAACGAAGCACAAAAGAGUCCUCGAGUGUAAGCUCGCCAUCGUCACCGGUGCCUCUCGCGGCAUCGGUGCCGCCGUCUGUGCAAAUCUCGCCAGCAAAGGCUGUCAUAUCGUAAUGAAUUACACAUCAGCUUCAUCGGCUUCCAAGACCGAGACUCUCGCCCGCGAGCUGGAAGCCCAACACGGCAUCAAAUGCUUGCCUGUACAGGCCGACAUGUCAACCGAGACAGGCCCAGCUCACAUCAUCCACCAAGCCCGCCAACACUUCUCCGUGCCACCGCCGCCCUCUUCGUCUUCCUCCGCCGAUGAUGAUCGUGUUCUCAUCUUCCAAAUCGACAUACUCAUCAACAACGCCGGCGUGGGCGGUAAACAUCCCCUCCCAGAAGCCACUUCCUCAGAAUUCACGCGCCUCUACAACAUAAACGUGCGCGGGCCUUUGCUCCUCAUGACAGCAGCCCUCCCUUACCUCCCGCACGACCGGAGCGGCCGAAUCGUAAAUCUGAGCAGCGUGUCCAGCAGCUGCGGUUUCACAGGCGACAGCAUCUACGGCGGGACAAAAGCAGCCCUCGAAGCGAUGACGCGGUCCUGGGCCCGCGAGCUCGCCGAACGCGCGACCGUCAACGCCGUCAAUCCGGGCCCCGUGGCGACGGACAUGUACUGGGCCAAUCCGCCGGAGUUCCAGGCGAGUAUGGCGCAUUGGACGAAGAAUACGCCGUUGGCGAAGAUUCGCGGAGAUGUCGAUCCGAAAGAGAUCCUGGAUGGUGCGGAGUUGGCGGGAGGUCGGCCGGGAUAUGAUCACGAGGUUGCCGGUGUGAUUGCUAUGCUCUGCACACCCGAUAGUGCGUGGUGCACCGGAAGUGUGAUUUGCGCAAACGGCGGGAUGAAGUUUAGUGUCUGA